CCGCAUGGAGGACAACGGCUGGUAGAUGUCCAAAUCGUAGGUCCUGAGUACUGUACUUGCAUCAAUACCAAAGGUCUAUCAGCGUCGACAGGAUGGACGCAUUGCAACGCCUACUCGGAAGAUCUCCCGCACGACGUUUACCGCCGCCGAUUGAGAGCGACGAUGUCUACCCCGUUCAUAUGCUAGACGACACCAAGACGCUUCGGAGCAUCGUCGUCACAUGGACGCUGUGCUUCAACGACGUGCUGGAUGCGCACAAUCUCUACGCUUCGCUGUCAAGACUGCUAGAGAUUGGAGACUGGAGGAAGGUCGGCGGUCGGUUGAGGUUAAAAGAAAAUGGAGAGUUGGAGAUCCAUGUCCCACGGCCCUUCACAGCGGAACGUCCUGCCGUGUCCUAUACUCACCAAUCCCUAGCCAUGGAUAUCGAAGACCAUCCGCUGGCAAAGACCCUCCCUAAAGCCACUGAGGCCCCGUCUAUCCAGUCUGGGCCCCAGGCCUUUCGAACCUUUGCGGCUCGGGAAAAUGCACCAGAGACGCUCGAGGACUUUGUCUACACAGACGCGCCUCAGCUGUCGCUCUACAUCACUUCGUUUAAUAACGCGACGCUCGUGGCGCUCUCAUGGCCACACACACUCAUGGAUGUCAUGGGCCAGCAGGCCCUCCUGCAUGGGUGGUCUCUGGUGCUAGCUGGGCGGGAGUCGGAAGUGCCGCCUAUACUCGGUGCGCGAGAGGACGCGAUCUGUGUAGCCGCAGAUGCGCCUGUGGAGAAAGAGGAGGAGUACAGCCUGGGGCAGAAGCGGCUGAAGGGAUGGGCCAUGGCUAUGUUCGGGCUACGAUUUGCCGGGGAUCUGCUGUGGAACCGGGUUGUCGAGACGCGCACCAUCUUCUUGCCAAAGAAGGUAGUGGCCGAGUUGCAACGCCAGGCGCAGGGCGACCUAGCCGUUCAGGACCAUGGGGCGGAGAAGCCUUUUAUCAGUGAGGGCGACGUGCUGACCGCGUGGACACUGCGCGCGGUAGUUUCCUCCCUACCGCAGCCGCGGCCAGUGGCGGCGCUUCAUGCGCUCAACGCGCGAUUUCGACUCUCGUCGCUAGUCCAGGCUUCCGGUGUUUACGUCCAGAACAUGGCGGUGGCAGCCUUCACCUUCGUAUCUCCCGAGGUCGCGACAGGACCUCUAGGGCCUAUUGCUCUAGAGAACCGGCGUCAUCUGAUGGAGCAAUCGACGGAGUCUCAAGUGCUGGCCUACCUACGCGAGCUACGACGGGAACAAAAGUCUAGCCGCGACUCGGCCUCAAUGUUGUACUGCGAGUCCAACGCCCUGCUGAUGCCCUUUACCAAUUGGACCCGGGCCGACUUCUUCAAGACGGCCGAUUUCAGCCCCGCACUUGUGCGUGCCGGCGAGACGGGAGAGUUGAGGAGCAACCCGCCCGGCACCAUGGUGUUCCACCACGCGCAAUCGAUGCGACAGAGCCCAACGGUCAGGAAUGUGAUCGUGGUGCUAGGCAAAGACCACGACGAUAACUAUUGGCUAACCGGGACUCUACUGCCCCCAGCGUGGGCCAAGAUCGAAGAGGGCCUAAAAAGGAUGUGAGAAUAACGUUCAUAAGGCGAAGACGGGGACAUACGAUGAUAGACAGUAGAUGUCCGCUAGAGUAAAUUGUUAAUAUUCAUUUAAUAAGACGGAUACGGAAGAUUCUCCUAGAUAUGGCGACUUAUAGUACUUAGAAGAAAGCUUAGCCUUAAGCUAAUAACUGUAACUAUAGACCUUAAUCCAG